AUGGAAGCCGCUCAAAAAAAGGUCCAGCAGAUGAUCGAUGACAAUGCUGUUAUGGUUUUCAGCAAGUCGUACUGCCCAUACUGCAACAACACCAAGCGCAUCCUUGAGGAACUGAAUGCCAGAUACACUGCCUACGAACUUAAUCAAGAAAGCGAUGGUGAUGAGAUCCAGGCCGCUUUGCACAAAAUGACGGGGCAAAGAACUGUUCCAAACAUAUUCAUUGGUCGCGUACAUAUUGGUGGCAACUCAGAUCUCGAAGCGGUGGUGAAGAAUGGCAAGGACGGCAAGAGGAUUGAGGAUCUUCUCAGCGAAGCUGGUGCUCUCUGA